UCAAAAUUUGGGGUAUUGCAUUAACAGAUCAGAUAGGAAAGUGAAUAUUGCAGUACAUACAAACAUAAUUUGACACUGAUUAAAUAGAAACAGGUGCUGUCAAAAAAUACUGAUUUUUUACAUCUGCUUGUUGGAUUCGGGACAAAUAAAAUAGGUAUGCACAAAUUGGCAAGAAGAGAUCUUAAUUACUUUCAAACCAUUUUCUCAGCCCUUGCUUCGUUUGGGACUGAACUAUGUCCUUCACUUCCCCAAGGUAAGAAGAAAAGAAAAUCCACCAUCUACACGGACAGACCUGAAGAAUUUCGGAUUGAGUGUGAAGAAAAGAAAGCGAAGAAGGUAACAAAAAAUGUAGGUAUAGGAUUGAAGAAAACGCACACGAAGAAAGAAAGUUCAGCAAUAAGCGAAGAUGAAGAAGAAUGUUUUUGCCUAGAAUCUUUCAGCGCUAGUAAACCAAAUUGCAUGCCACAAUAGUCUUAUCAAUUAAACAUGUACAUUUUUUUGUUUAUAAAAUAUGUUUUAUUUUUUUAUGAA